CCUCCUUUGCUUAAUCCGAGACGAUGAGACCUACUCAGAUCCUCCUGGGCGGCGGCGCCCCUGCACCCAAGCAAGGCCACUGGCUCGGUGACUGGGGUUCCUUCGGCGGUGCCAAGCAGAAGGGCAUCAUCGACUACGGCGUUUCCGCUAACCGUCAAAACCCCUUUGCCGGUGCUGCCCACGAUGCCAUCUUCAACACCUUCCGCCGCACAAAGUCUCAGAUCUUCUACUGGCUCCCUCCCAUGCUGGCUGGCUACUACCUGAUGAACUGGGCCACCGAGAGGAACCACUACCUCAACUCCAAGGCUGGCCGUGCUGAGUUUGGCGACGAGGAGGAGUAAAAUGGUGCAUAACUUGUGUUGGAAUAUGGGCGUCCACCCAGUGUAUAUCAGCGUCUAGAUCAGGUGAAAAAGAAUAGAAACGGUUGGCUCUACGAGUGAUUUCAAUCUAUCAACGAAUUUAUCAACGAG